AUGGCAUUGGAUCAGUCUGAAGAAGUUGUUGUUGAUCCAUUAAAUCUUCAUCCUUUUUCUCUGUCUAUAAUAGAAAAACAGGCUACAAUUAAUAUAGGAACAAUUGGACAUGUUGCUCACGGCAAGUCUACGGUAGUAAAGGCUAUUUCAGGCGUAUCUACAGUCAGAUACAAAAAUGAACUGGAAAGAAAUAUCACAAUUAAGCUUGGUUAUGCUAAUGCAAAGAUUUACAAGUGUUCUAAUGAAUCAUGUCCACGUCCUGGGUGCUAUAAAUCAUAUGGAAGUGAAAUCAAGGAAAAUGUUAUUUGUGAACAGCCGGGUUGUGGGAGCAAAAUGAAUCUAAUACGUCAUGUAUCGUUUGUUGAUUGCCCUGGACAUGAUAUUUUGAUGGCAACAAUGUUAAAUGGAGCAGCAGUAAUGGAUGCAGCACUGCUUUUGAUUGCAGGGAAUGAAAGUUGCCCACAGCCACAAACAAGUGAACAUCUUGCAGCUAUUGAAAUUAUGAAACUUGAACAUAUUAUUAUAUUGCAGAACAAGGUAGAUUUAAUGAGGGAAGAAGCUGCAGAAGAACAUUAUAAUAGUAUCCUUAAGUUCAUUAGAGGUACAAUUGCUGAUUCCGCGCCUGUGGUUCCUAUUUCUGCACAGCUUAAAUAUAAUAUUGAUGCGAUUCUUGAAUAUAUUGUAAAACGAAUUCCUGUUCCAAUACGGAAUUAUUCAAGUGAUCCAAGACUUAUUGUAAUUCGUUCGUUUGAUGUGAAUAAGCCUGGAGCAGAAGUAGAUGAUUUAAAAGGUGGUGUUGCUGGUGGUGGUAUUUUGACAGGCAUUUUACGUGUUGGAGAUGAAAUUGAAAUUAGACCAGGAAUCGUGACAAAAGAUAAUGAAGGAAAGUUUCAUUGUAAGCCUAUUUUAUCACGAAUUGUUUCUCUUUUUGCUGAACAUAAUGAUUUAAAAUUUGCUGUUCCUGGUGGUUUGAUUGGUGUUGGAACACAUGUUGACCCUACACUAUGUCGUGGUGAUCGUCUUGUUGGACAAGUGCUUGGUCUAAAAGGCCGACUGCCUUCUGUUUUUGUUGCGAUUGAGAUUAACUAUUUCUUGCUUCGCCGUUUGCUUGGUGUAAAAACAGUCGAUAGAAAACAAGCAAAAGUGCAGAAACUGGCUAAAAAUGAAGUACUUAUGGUAAAUAUCGGCUCUACAUCUACUGGAGGCCGAGUUAUUUCUGUUAAGGGGGAUUUAGCAAAACUUGUUUUAACAUCGCCUGCAUGUACAGAAGUCAAUGAAAAAAUAGCUCUUUCAAGACGAAUUGAAAAACAUUGGCGUUUAAUCGGUUGGGGGAAAAUUCAAAAUGGACAAAUAUUAGAAAACAUAUAG